UUGAUGAAUGUUAAAACGGGGAACCAGAGCGAUCGGGAUGGCAACCGCUUUGUUCUUGCUCCCGCCUGAUCCGGGGAUUGGCCAACCAUGCAUGACUGGCCUCAGCGCCAUCGGUGGAAGGGCACAUCUGUUGACGACACAAGUGCCAUUGACGAACUGCCCGAUCCCUUGGGCCCCUGGCUCCAUCCCGUCGAGUGUCUCAUCAACACUGCCCGCGACGAGCCUGAUGCUCUCCUGAUUAACACAUACGAGAACGGCGACUCGGAGCGCUUCAGCUAUCUCCAGGUGUGGAGAAGAGCUUACUUGAUCGCCCAGGCCCUCAAGGCCCUCCCUGGCUGGAACGAUGACGGCCACGACGUCAUCGGCACCUUCUGCGAGGCUGAAGCCAGCUGGGUGAUCUACUCGUUCGCCGUGUGGAUGCUGGGCAAGAAAACACUCAACUUUGCCCUCAACCUGCCUCCUGCAGCCCGCAAGGCCCUGUGCGAGAGACAUGCAAUCAAGUACAUUCUCUACCACCACACCAAGCCCGGCCGCACCGAAGGCGUGACGCUGGUCGAUGCUACCACCUUCCCGGUGUUGGACGACAUUCCAUCUCCGUCCCUCGAAGUCUGUGAGCCUCUCAAUGAGUUUGUUGCCUAUUUGGGAACCUCCGGAACAACCGGCAUUCCGAAGACAUACAAGUUCCCUCAUACUGGCGCAAUCACUGGCCGAGCUGUGCUGGGGCUCAAGUAUGUGAGUUCCGGGCUGUGCCAGGCACCUUCGUUUACUGCAACCCUAGGCUGGAUGCUUUGCGCCUUGAGCCUUAAGGGAUCGGUUUGGAUGCCAGAACCCACACCCAACACCGUUGGCAAAGUCAAGAGCAUCAUCAAAAUGCUCGAUGAUGGUUUAUGGUACUUACUUAUGACGCCUUCGUUCAUGAAGUUGAUCAUCAACGUGGCCCGGGCUCAGAAUCCCAAUGUCAAGUGGACGAAGACGAGAAAGAUUGGCUUGGGUUCGGAGCUCGUUCCAGUCAGCGUGGUCGCACAGGUUAAGAAUACAUUCCCCAACGCUGAUAUCAUGUCCGGUUAUGUCUCCAGCGAGCUUUGAUUGGUGCAAUCACGAUAUUCCUCCUCCCAGCCAGCAGUGAAGUUGUUCCGCGAAAGUUGCAUUACAAGCUCGUCAAACCCGGUGUGAGAUGCCUCCUCUUUGAUGAGGAGGGCAAUAUUGUCGACCA